CACGAGUCGAUAACAUACAUUACAAACAAGGCAAAUUAUACGUGCUGAUUUUUAGACAUAAUAUUCAUAAUUGACAAUUAGAGAUAAAGGCAAAUUGGCAAAUAUAUUAGGUUUUCGAAUUACAUGGUGAUACAAUAGUGUCAUGGGUGCUCGGACUAUUAUUAGCGGAUUUUCUGAUGACAAAAAUGUGGAUCAACGAAUAACUGGAAUGAUCUAUUUCAACCGUUUUAUUUGCUUUAAACAAUUUCAACAUUUAUAACUUUUUAUUCAAAUGACAAUAAGUAGUACCCACUCAAACAAUGUCUCUGGACGUCGAAUUAUUCCUGACAAUUUCCAUGUAUUGCCUAGUUGGACUUGUUCUUGGAGAAAUAAUAUUCAGAGUUUAUGACAUUUACACAAAUUAUGUACGUGGGCAAAACAUAUAUGAGCAUAUAAGACGCAAUCAGCCAAAUUAUCAGUGUUACACUCUUUUGUUUGAGUCGAAAAGUGAUCAUAUUAAGUUUAUCCAAGCUGGUGGAGGUUUAGACUAUGGGAGUGGAAUGGCUCAUAGUUAUUUUUAUGGAUAUUUAAAUAAAAUUUUGCCCGAUAAUGGUGAUGAUAAUGUGGGCAUCAGAGAGAAUAUUGAAAAAUACGAGGCAAAUGAAAAUAUUACAAUACCUGUGAAAAAAUUGUUUAUUUUAAUCCCGCUCUCAAUGUAUUUUUCUCCAUCGCUGGUUACCCAUGCGCCUCCUGGUAUGAUGGAAGCUUGCAAGUCUCUAGAAUCGAUACAACGGAAUGUUGCUGGAAUCAUAGGACGAUCAUAUAAAAAUUCUGUCUAUAAAAUUCAUUUGUCUGAAAUGGAAGGCCAUGUGCAGAAGCCAUUGUAUGUGGUUGCUGAAGGUGCAACUCCAUUACAUACACUAUAUCAAACAUGUAUAGGAAAAGCACCUUGUUCAGCACAUAUAAGAGAGCAUAGUGAAGAAAUUGUUAAGCAAUUUUACAAUACUCUCAGCCAUAUUUUGGAAAGCUUGCCGGAAUAUAAAAAUACUUAUGAGCUUAUUUUAUAUGAAGGAACUGAAAAUUUGGCAGAGCUAUUGGUGGAGCGUGUAAGAAAGUCAGAUGAAUAUAGUACAAGCUGGUUGUGAUUUGUUUUGUAUGACUUAUUAAUUGUUAAGUUUUUUUUUAAAUGUUUAAAAUGUUAUGAACUAACUUAAGUCAUGUACCCACCAAAAAGA